AUGUCUACGUCUAACUGUAGAUUCUAUGAAAACAAGUACCCAGAUGUUGACGAUGUUGUAAUGGUCAAUGUGCAGCAAAUUGCUGAAAUGGGUGCCUAUGUGAAACUUUUGGAAUAUGACAACAUCGAAGGUAUGGUAUUGCUCAGUGAACUAUCGCGUAGACGUAUUCGUUCUAUUCAAAAAUUGAUCCGUGUUGGCAGAAAUGAGGUAGUGGUAGUAUUGCGUGUCGACAAGGAGAAGGGUUACAUCGAUCUAUCUAAGCGUCGUGUAUCUUCUGAAGACGUUAUCAAGUGUGAAGAGAGAUACCAAAAAUCUAAGGCUGUGCACUCUAUCAUGAGACACUGUGCUGAGAAGUUUUCUUUCCCAUUGGAAGAUUUGUACAAGUCCGUUGCCUGGCCCUUGAGUCGAAAGUACGGCCACGCAUAUGAUGCCUUCAAACUGUCUAUCGUGGAUGACUCCGUUUUCGAAGGUAUCGAAGCUCCAAGCAAAGAAAUCUUCGAAGAGCUUCGUCUUUACAUUUCCAGAAGGUUGACUCCACAAGCUGUCAAGAUCAGAGCUGACGUGGAAGUGUCCUGUUUCAGUUAUGAAGGUAUAGAUGCCAUCAAGGAGGCCCUAAAGUCAGCCGAAGAGCUAUCCACCGAGCAAAUGCAAAUUAAGGUGAAAUUGGUUGCUGCUCCUCUCUACGUUCUUACUACACAAGCCUUGGAGAAACAACAAGGUAUUGAACUAUUAGAACAAGCCAUUGAAAAAAUCUCCGAAGUGAUUGCCAAGUACAAUGGUGUCUGUAACACUACUAUGCCACCAAAGGCUGUCACGGCUACUGAGGAUGCCGAAUUGCAAGCUCUAUUGGAGAGUAAGGAGUUGGAAAACAGAUCUGAUUCCGACUCUGAGGAGUCUGAUGAGGAAUAA